AUGUUGACCAACUCCACAGCCAACACCAAUAUUACCAACAACUCUGUUCAGUGUCCAGACUACCGGCACACCCACCACCUGCACAUGGUCGUCUACAGCCUGGUGCUGGCCGCUGGGCUCCCCCUCAACGUGUUGGCCCUCUGGGUCUUCCUGCGUGCACUGCGUGUGCACUCUGUGGUGAGCGUGUACAUGUGCAACCUGGCGGCCAGCGACCUGCUCUUUAGCCUCUCGCUGCCCGUACGCCUCUCCUACUAUGCACUGCACUACUGGCCCUUUCCAGACCUUCUGUGCCAGAUAGCAGGCGCCAUCUUCCAGAUGAACAUGUAUGGCAGCUGCAUUUUCCUCGCGCUCAUCAACGUGGACCGCUACGCCGCCAUCGUGCACCCGCUGCGGCUGCGCCACCUGCGGCGGCCCCGCGUGGCGCGGCGCCUCUGCCUUGGCGUGUGGGCGCUCAUCCUGGUGUUCGCCGUGCCCGCUGCCCGCGUGCACAGGCCCUCGCGUUGCAGAUACGACGACGGGGAGGUACGCCUGUGCUUCGAGAGCUUCAGCAACGAGCUGUGGAAGGGCAGACUACUGCCACUCGUGCUGCUGGCCGAGGCGCUGGGCUUCCUGCUGCCCCUGGUGGCUAUGGUCUACUCGUCGGUCCGGGUCUUCUGGACGCUGGCGCGUCCCGACGCCACGCGGAGCCAUCGGCGGCGGAAGACGGUGCGCCUCUUGCUGGUCAACCUCUUCAUCUUCCUGAUGUGUUUCUUGCCCUACAACUCCACCCUGGCUGUCUAUGGGCUGCUGCGGGGCCAGCUGGUGGUGGCCAGCGAGGCGGCCCGCGACCAGGUGCGCGGGGUGCUGAUGGUAAUGGUGCUGUUGGCCGGCGCCAACUGUGUGCUGGACCCGCUGGUGUACUACUUCAGCGCCGAGGGUUUCCGAAACACCCUGAGGGGCCUGGGCACUCCACUCCGGAUUAGGACCUUGGCCACCAACGGGGCUCGGAAGACGCUGGCUGAACGGCCCACUGAAACCACCGACAACACCAUUCCGGAUGCCACCAGCCAGGCGUUGCUCGGGCCCUCCUACCCCCAGACACCCUUCAUCCAGUUCCCCCAGGAUUCGGCACUCUGAAUGUACGCGGCGCCAUGGCGCCAUAGCGCCAUCAACCCACCCAUGCCCCCUCAUCACCUUUCUGUCUUGGAGGCUGCAGGGUGUGCACAUGAGGUGGAGUGAGCACCUGUACUUCUGGAUGGCAGUCCAAGCUCAUAAAUGCAGAAAAGAACAAAUGUGGAAGCAAGGGGCACAGGGAAGGAAGCGUGCUGGUAGACAUUUUUUAAAUUGGUGGUGAUGGUGAGCACAGAGGUCCUCUUCCCUAGUGGCAGGAAGUGAUGCAGUGAGCCUACCUUUGCAGAGGCACAAGACUGAAUGAGAUGACCUUGGCAGGAGUAGGAGCUGGUAGAUGGAGGAGAAAAUGAGUAUCCUGGAUUUAGACCCACCACAGCAGUCUGAAAGCUGAAGAGUCUCAGGCCUUGGUGGACCAAGCUUCUGAGAAGUUCAACUGCUAACUGCUCUGUGG